AUGGGCUCACUCGAUGGACUCCCUAUCGAUAUCUUGCGACUGAUAGUUGAAAAGAUAGUUGGUCAUGCAGAUGUUAUUCGGUUUGGUGCUGUUUCUAGGAAAUUCCGCUCUUUUGUCAUGGAUAAUAUUCACUCACUUCCGUCGAAAUUACCAUUGUGCCUCUGUGUCCUGCCUAGUAAACCCCCUCCCCUGCCAAUGCUAAUGCAGUGUAAUGACAACGAGUGGGAAAACAUCAACUUCUUUUCUAUUUCAGAUGGGAAACGGCACGGGGAGUUUGUCGUGCCAGAAAUAAGAAAUAAGUGGCCUGUUGGAUCCCGUUAUGGUUGGUUGUUCACGGUUGAUACACAAGGUCGAAGCAUACAGCUGCUGAAUCCGCUAACAAGGGCCCAAAUCCCUCUCCCAUCGCUUGACGCAUUCGAACAUCCCACUAGUUGGGUCAAUUACGAUGAACACACUGAUUUCCGAUUUGUUCUCAAGGGUGUCAUAUCAUCAGAUCCUUCAAAUAAGAGGAGAAAUUUGAAUGGUGAUGAAGAUUGCAUACUAGUGAUUGCAAUCAUCACUAUGUUUGAAGUGCUAUCAUUUUGUAGGGUCGGAGAUGACAAGUGGACUAAUGUAGAGGGUUCCCCCUUGUAUAUCAAAGAUGUCAUCUGGUACAAGGGUGAGGUUUAUGCGGUUGAUGAGUACGGGGUAGCUGUUGUUUACGAUUUUGCAGGUGAUAAGACGAUCAAACAAAUUGCAUAUUCACCGGACGAUUUACUUGACUGUGAGAGGUAUCUGGUUGUGUUGACAAAUGGAGACUUGCUACAAGUUGUAAGAGAGAGAGAGUAUGGUCAGAUAAAGAAGAAGAUGGCGUUGCCCGUGCUCUGA